AUGAGCGAACAUACUCAAGAACUUGCUAAGAAGAUGUGCAAUCAUUGCUAUUGCAACAAGACAAUUGAUAACUUCUAUUAUGCUUCUGGAGAUAAUAAUACAUACAAAGAUAAUGACACAUACAACCAAUAUGCUGAAAAGAAGAAAAGUAAAUGGCAAGAAAAUUUAGCAUCAUCCAGAAUAACUCCAACAUCUUCUGAUAAUUUUAGUAGUGCUAUAUUUAACAAUUCUGCUACUAUUGCUCCUAAAGUUUCUAAUAUUACUACAGCCAAUUUUGGUAACAAUAUCUUAAAUGAUUUUAACACAAUUAUCCCUAAUGAUUCUAGUAACAGUAUCUAUAAUAAAAGUGAGCAUAACGUCCAAAGUUAUAAUAAUUUAGAGGUAUUGAUGUAUGACUUGGAUGAAAUGCAUAAAAUCAUCACUAAAAAAUUUAAAGAAACUGAAAAAUUUGAUAAUCCUGUAAAUUUUGCCCUUGAAGUCAAAUUAAGUCAUGAUCUUUUUUCUGAAUUUCUUUAG